UACUGUUAGUGUUAAAAUCCUGUUUUCUACUGCAGACUUCAAACUGUUUCAAGAUGUAACUUCUGCAAGUCAGUGCGUGCUGAUAUGUUGGAAUCAGGUGAAUGAAGGAGGACGUGAUACCUGUAUGACAGGAGGGAGGGGACAGAAACCCUGCUAACCUGACAUCUCAGAACAAUUUAUCUGGAUCAAGGUUUCUUCAGGACUGUGCUGGUCUGACCCACUGAGAUGCACUUCAUCGUCACCAAGACUCUGACUGUGGUCCUGCUGUCAGCUGUGGUGCUGGGAGUGUUGUACUGCUUCAUGUCUCAGUCCGACAGAGAGUCCCAUGUGCAGGAGAUACCAGCUAUCUUCAGAUAUGCUGAGCUUUAUGCUAGCAGUCGCAGCUUCCGCCACGUGGCUGCUGACCAGCAGAAGUAUGAAAAGCCCAGUGUCGUGAAGGGUCGUACCGACGUGAUGACGAUCACGCCCUGGUUGGCUCCUGUCAUCUGGGAGGGAACCUUUAACCCGGUUCUACUCGACAACAUCUACAGGCCACACAACAUCACUGUCGCAGCCACUGUGUUUGCUGUUGGGAAAUACGUCAAGUUCCUGAAAGAAUUCCUGGAGACGGCAGAGCAGCACUUCUUCGUUGGUUUCAAUGUGAACAUGUAUGUGUUCACUGACCGGCCAGUGGAGGUGCCACCAGUCAAAAUGGCCGCCGGCAGACAGCUGUUGGUGCGUUUGGUGCCCAGCUCAAGCCGCUGGCAGGAGAUCUCUGCCCGAAGGAUGGAGAUCAUACAGAAGCUGAUUGAGGAUGAGCUGGUUGACCAAACCGACUACAUCUUCUGUCUGGACGUUGACUCUCUGUUCCACGCCCGCUGGGGGACCGAGUCACUGGGUGACCUGGUCGCUGUGAUCCAUCCUGGUUACUUCAAAGCUGAUCGCGGCGGGUUAGACUACGAGCGGAGGCCUGCAUCCAGAGCCUACAUUUCUCCUGAAGAGGGGGACUUCUAUUACUGUGGGGGGGCCUUUGGAGGCUCCCUGAAGGAAGUGCGCCUGCUCGCCAAAACCUGCUACGAGAACUUCAAGGCUGACGCCAAGGAAAACAUCGAGGCUAUCUGGCAGGAGGAGAGUCACCUGAACAGGUACAUGUGGGUUAACAAACCUAGUAAGCUGUUGUCACCUGAGUACCUGUGGCAGGACUUUGCGGCUAGAGAACCUGAGAUUCAAAUCGUCAGAUUCUCUGGAAUUGUCAAGAACUAUGCUGACAUCCGACCCAACAAAUGAGAGUCCUGACUGAAGUGGCCUGUGUUUCUUCACAGCGUAACUGAAGAUUCUCUCCUCUUUGGAUUUAACUGACCACAUUCAUGUUAUUGUCUUUAUUGACAUGUAUUCAUGUCUAUCUGUAUUGUUAAGUGUUUUUUUUUGUUUCUUUUGUUUCAUAUUAUUUGGU